UUAAUCAGCUGCCUCUAGUGAAACCUUACCUGCGCUCAGUCCAGAAUCAUAAUAAUAAAGGAGUCAAUGAAGCGCUGAACAAUCUUCUGACAGAGGAGGAGGACUACCAGGGCUUGCGAGCAUCCAUUGAUGCCUACGACAACUUCGAUAACAUUACACUGGCUCAGCGUCUAGAGAAACAUGAGUUGAUUGAAUUCAGACGCAUUGCCGCUUACCUGUACAAAGGCAAUAACAGAUGGAAGCAGAGUGUGGAGCUCUGCAAGAAAGAUCGCUUAUAUAAGGAUGCUAUGCAGUAUGCCGCAGAAUCCAAAGAUGCUGAGCUGGCAGAGAAACUGCUUCAGUGGUUUCUGGAAGAAGACAAGAAAGAGUGUUUCGCAGCUUCUCUCUUCACAUGUUACGACUUGUUGCAUCCGGACGUGGUCCUUGAGCUGGCAUGGAGGCACAACAUUAUGGACUUUGCGAUGCCUUAUUUUAUCCAGGUGAUGAGGGAGUACCUGACCAAAGUUGAUGGUCUGUUUAAUAAGGUGGAUAAACUUGAUGCUUCUGAAAGCCUAAGGAAAGAAGAGGAACAAGUAACUGAACCCACUCCAAUAGUAUUUGGCCAGCAGCUGAUGCUAACGGCAGGCCCAAACGCAGUACCUCCACAGGCAAACUUCCCCUAUGGCUACACGGCGCCAGGAUUCACCCAGCCACCAGUUUACGGUUUCAAUAUGUAACUCGCGCUGCGAGACCUUUAACCGUCUUGGAUCAUCAUCUUCCCGUCCCUCUUUUUUUUUUACUUUUUCUCCAAGAAGGCACAGAUGACUCCCUGCGUUGGCUUGAAUGCCCUUUUCAGCCCACCCCUACCCCCCCCCCCCGGUUCAGAGACACCCAAAGGACACUGUGUUAUUUAUUGCUAUGUCCUGUUACAUUUCAACCUCAAAAGGCAGCUCUCCCCCCUCUCCUUUUAUCUUGUUGUCCGUUAGCGACAUUUCAAGGCUCUGUCUGAAGCGGAGGCAACGCUCCAACUAAAACCAACAACCCAGCAAUAACUUCUGGGGGCUAGGAGGAUUUCUGGUGGUGGUUUUGGGCGUUUUAGUGCUGCUUUUUCCCUCUCUCCCCUUUCCAGAGUCCUCUCUCUAGCCACGUGCAUGCCGGGGCGUCCUCUGGCACCAAGCUGUUAACGUGUUAAAAAGUACUGUAACAGAUGAAGCAGCAGAACCUUCCAACUGGUGGGAUAUAUGAAAAUUGUAUGUAACACACACCUUCUCCCCAUUUGUUUGUAGCGCUGUGCAGGAAAAAAAAGGAAAUAAAAAGUGUAUUUGGAGGCGACGGGGGAGAGGUGACACAGUUUACAGAAUGUUGAAAAGAAAAAAAAAGCAUCUAUGCCUUCUGGAUUUUUUUUGUGUUUUUCUUUUCUUUUUUUUAAAAAAAAACCUUCCUUGGAGAAUAAAUUGGAUCAUAUCUCAGAGCAGACACUCCCCAUAUUUUCUUUUCCUGUAGUACGUAAUAGCAUGAUACUCAUUGGCAUCAAAUGGUACACAUUUUCAACAACAUAACUUGGCUAUGUGACUUUUUUUUUUUUUUUUUUUGACAAGCAAAAUGUCAAAGAGUGUGUUGCCUGGGCAGCCAUAAGUAUUGUAAAUGUGUGCGGCAGAGAGGACCGUGUUGGUAAGAAACAUAGCUGUCAACUUUUCCCUUUUUAAAGGGAAAUUCUCCUAUUCCGAAUAGGAUUCCUCGCAAUAAAAGGGAAAAGUUGACAGCUAUGGUAAGAAAUGAGUUUGGAAGCACCUCCUUGUGUGACUUCAAGUCUCACCUUGAAAGCGAGUCUUCUGCUAUGCUGGCUGUAUUUGAGCUGAAACUCUAAAGCAGGCCCAGGCUGCUCCUCCUAUCAUCCCUGACCACACACCAUGCUGGCUGAGAUGAGCUGGAGAGUCCACAACAUCUGGAGGUCUCCCAAGUUCCCAAUUCCUGCUGUAAAACCCUCUGGGCAUUUGGAGAUACCUUUCUGAGCCGGCAACAGCUCCAAUUCCCAUCCACUCCUCUUCUGGCUCUGUGCAGGAAUUCUGUGAGAUCAGAUGGUCUGCCCACCAAACGCACUCUCGCUUUUCUUCUUCUUCCCAAUAGAGAAUGCCAACAGGGAUGUUACUACUUUGUGCCACUCUUCAGAGACAUAUAUCAUUAACAUUUUAUGUACUUAAAACUAGAUAAUGUAUAAUUUAUGGCUAUGACUCUUGUGCUAAUCAUGGAUAUUAUGAAAAUCCAAUUAUAAACAUAAAUCAAACCAG